AUGAACUCCUUGGCGCUCACAGCUCUUCUACUGGUGGCAGUUGCCUCAGCAUCGGUAAUCCCGAAUCGCGAGCAGCGUGUUAUUGGUGGAUCAAUUGCUGCAACCGGACAGUUCCCGUAUGCAGUGGGAUUGAUCACUCGAAUUAACGUGCUCCUCUCCGGUCAAUGUGCUGGAUCCCUGCUGUCGAACAGAUAUAUUCUGACCUCGGCUAGCUGUGUCAAUGGAAUCCAGAGCGCCGUUGCCGUUAUGGGGGGAAUUCUUCUAGAGGAUCCAUCUGAACCAGGUCAAGUCCGCUCGACUGUUACCCAGUUCAUCGUCCACAACGGCUACAUCGAGGGAACGGAUGACUUUGAUGUUGCGUUUGCCGUAUUGCCAAUUCCAAUUUCUUUUACGGAAACUAUUCGCCCGGUCCGUUUGCCAAACCGUCGUCAAGUAGAAUCGACCUUUAACGGCCAGCAAGGUACCUUCAUGGGAUGGGGACGGUUCGGUGAGGGAACCAGCAACUCCCAUGUUCUGCGCUUCGGCCGCUCGCAAGUCAUGACGAACCUUUCGUGCCGUUUGAGUUUGCCAACGAACCCGAUCCUGGACGAACACAUCUGCACGGAAGGGUUUGACGAGGUGGCCAACAGGGGAGCACCAUGCCAGGGAGACAGCGGUGCCCCGUUGACCAUUACCGAUGCCGACGGCCUGACCACUCUGAUUGGCGUGUUCUCGUUCCACUCGAUCUUGGGAUGCGACAGUGGUAGGGCUAGCGUGUUUACUCGCAUGUCUUCGUAUCUCGAUUGGAUCGAGAACAAUUCGGAUAUUGUGAUUCCGGAUAACUUUUAAUGAUAUUUUUUUUUAAUUUAAACUUGAUCGAAUAAAAUAAGUA